AUGUGCUUAGCUAUAGUUCGAGGGAGCUGGAAGGAGCUGGAAGGAGCUGGAAGGAGCUGGAAGGAGCUGGAAGGAGCUGGAAGGAGCUGGAAGGAGCUGGAAGGAGCUGGAAGGAGCUGGAAGGAGCUGGAAGGAGCUCGAAGGAGCUGGAAGGAGCUGGAAAGAGCUCGAAGGAGCUCGAAGGAGCUCGAAGGAGCUCGAAGGAGCUCGAAGGAGCUCGAAGGAGCUCGAAGGAGCUCGAAGGAGCUCGAAGGAGCUCGAAGGAGCUCGAAGGAGCUCGAAGGAGCUCGAAGGAGUUGUGUAUUGUCAAGAGCGUUGGAGAAAAGAGCUUCAGAAUUUCCUUACAUCGCCUUCCGUUCGCAAAGUAUCCGUCAGAUAGCAAAGUCGGAUAGCUUGUUUUGUCUUGGAACUACCUCACUUCCCCUUUCCCUUAUUAAGAAAAACUCUGCCGCAUUUCAAAUCCUGCAUAAGACGACCGGACCAAGAAAAAUGAAAACAACCGUUUGGUGUUUAGUAGUUGCUAUCUCAGUGUCAGCAGUUACCGUGGCCUCGAAAAGUAACUCCACCGAGGAAUCGCCAAAUGAAGGGAAAAGAUCCUCCUGGGGCGGACUUCCUGAGCCUUCUUUUUUCGUUGGAAGCAAACCUCCAGUUGGCCUUCCAGGCAUUGAUCAAGGGACAGAAAUCCACCAAGGAACGCCACCUUAUUUUUUUUCUCUCUUUGAUACAAGCACGAACACUCCUUUUUAUUCAGCCUACAAAGUUUUACCCGGGCAGGCAGAGAGCCUUGGCAAGUAUAAGAGACCCAAAAAUACACAUUGGAGGAUUCCUUUAGGUGUUUCUGGUCUCAACAAAGCUUAUAAACAAGCCAACGUAGAAGCCCGAAGCAAGUAUAAGAAUCAACUUACCAGAGGCCAUAUGAAUCCUUCCGCUAUCAACUCCUUUAACACAAAUUUCAUGAAGGCUACUUUCACUCUUACGAAUGCUGUACCUCAGUUUGAGGCAUCAAACAGCGGACCUUGGCAAGAGUUUGAGAGAAAGAUAAGAAAUUAUGCCAAAACUACCUGUGGGAGUCAAACCCGCCAAGGAACCCUUUACCUACUGACAGGUAGAUCCGAAAAUGGCCUCAAGAACGUAACGAAGCCGUCCAUUACCAAUACAUUUAAAGUGGCAACUAAAACAUUACGCCUUGAUACUCCUCGAGCUGUUUGGACGGCGGGAUGUUGUGUGUGGAUGACCGGAGAGCCAAAAGCAGAGUCCUUUGCAGUGAUGAGCAACAAUCAUUAUAACAAAACCAAGUUACACCAGACACAAAUGAAUGUAACUGCCCUGGAGAAAUACUUGAGGGCAGCAACGAAGGUAAAUUUGUUUCCAGGAAAUCCAGAUUGUGCUCAAAACUACCAUCCCCUACCAUGA